AUGCAUCGCACAUACUCUAUGCGCCAGUCGCGCGCUCCCACUGCUUCGCAGCUUCAGACGCCUCCUCCCCCUCCUUCCUCCACCAAGUCCGGCCGCUUCUUCGGCAAGGGUAGCCUCGGCCAUGCUCUCCGCCGCAACGCUGGUGGCGCUUUCGGCCCCGACCUGGCUAAGAAGCUCUCUCAGCUCGUCAAGAUGGAGAAGAAUGUCAUGCGCAGUCUCGAGACCGUCGCCAAGGAGCGCAUGGACGUCGCCCAACAACUCUCUGUCUGGGGUGAGGCCGCCGACGAGGACGUUUCCGAUGUCACCGACAAGCUUGGUGUUCUACUGUACGAGAUUGGCGAGCUCGAGGACCAGUAUGUCGAUCGCUAUGACCAGUACCGCAUCACCAUGAAGAGCAUCCGCAACAUUGAGGCCUCUGUUCAGCCCAGCCGCGAUCGCAAGCAGAAGAUCACCGACCAGAUCGCUCAGCUCAAGUACAAGGAGCCCAACUCCCCCAGGAUUGUUGUCCUCGAGCAGGAGCUCGUCCGUGCCGAGGCCGAGUCUCUCGUCGCCGAGGCGCAACUCUCCAACAUCACCCGCGAAAAGGUCAAGGCUGCCUACACCUACCAGUUUGACGCCCUCCGCGAGCACUGCGAAAAGGUGGCCAUUAUUGCUGGCUACGGCAAGCACCUCCUCGAGCUUAUCGACGACACCCCCGUCACCCCUGGUGAGACCCGUGCCGCCUACGACGGCUACGAGGCCAGCAAGGCCAUCAUCCAGGACUGCGAGGAUGCCCUCACCAGCUGGGUCAGCUCCAACGCCGCCGUCUCUUCUAAGCUUUCCACCCGCUCCCGCGGUCUGUCUCAGCGCCGCCGCAACAACAUCCGCAACCGUGGCGAGGGCCACGAUCUGUCCAAGCAGGACGCUCCCCUCGACAACGGCUCCUGGCGCGAGGACUCCGAGGAGGAGGAAGAAGAAGACCUCGACUCUGAUGCGGGCCUGAACAGCGAGCACCGUGGUCGCACCCAGGAGGCGGUCGCUGCCUAA